CCUUCCUUCCCCUCUUGCUCCUGAAGCUCAAGAGGCGAGACAACAACGAUGGCCUGAGGCUGCCGCCGAGCCCAUGGAGUCUGCCGGUGAUCGGCAGCCUCCACCACCUGCUCGUCGGCAGCCCGCUCCCGCACCGUGCCAUGGCUCACAUCUCGCACAGGCUCAAGGCGCCCCUCAUCUACCUCAAGCUCGGUGAGGUCCCCGUCGUGGUCGCGUCGUCGCCCGACGCUGCUCGGGAGAUCCUGAAGACGCACGACGCCAACUUCGCCACGCGGCCGUGGAGCCCGACGAUGAAGGUGAUGAUGGCGGAUGGGGAGGGCCUGGCGUUCGCGCGCUACGGCGCCCUGUGGCGGCAGCUCCGCAAGAUCAGCAUCCUGGAGCUGCUCAGCGCCCGCCGCGUGCAGUCGUUCCGCGGCGUCCGGGAGGAGGAGGUCGGCCGCCUCGUGGCUGCCAUCGCGGAGUACUCCCCGCGGGGCGAGGCCGUGAACCUCAGCCAGAGGAUCGCCGAGCUCAUGAACGACACGGCCGUGCGCGCCAUGAUCGGCGACCGGUUCGAGAGGCGGGACGAGUUCCUGGAGAACGUCGCGGAGGGAGUGAAGAUCAGCACCGGGUUCAGCCUCGGCGAUCUGUUCCCGUCGUCGAGGCUGGCGAGCCUCGUCGGCGGCACGGCUCGCCGGGCGGCGGUAAACCACCGCAAGAUGUUCAAGCUGAUGGACUACGCCAUCGAGAAGCACGAGGAGCGGAGGGCAGCCAUGACCACAGAUGCAGAGGGCGUCGUGAAGGAGGAUCUGGUGGAUGUGCUUCUUAGGAUACAGAAGGAAGGAGGCCUGGAGGUGCCACUCACCAUGGGAAUGAUCAAGGCCGUCAUUCUCGACCUUUUCGGUGCCGGCAGCGAGACGUCUGCAAGUACACUCCAAUGGGCCAUGUCGGAGCUCGUAAGCAACCCAAGAGUGAUGGAAAGGGCACAGGCCGAGGUACGUGAGAAGCUCCAAGGGAAGCCAACGGUGACCGAAGAUGACUUGGUCGACAUGAGGUACAUGAAGCUCAUCAUCAAAGAGACCCUAAGGAUGCAUCCGGUGGUGCCAUUGCUUCUCCCAAGGGAGUGCCGAGAGCCAUGCAGGGUGAUGGGGUACGACGUGCCCAAGGGAACUACCGUGUUCGUGAAUGUCUGGGCGAUCAGCAGGGAUCCCAAGCACUGGGAGGACGCUGCGACGUUUAGACCGGAACGAUUCGAGGCCGCGGGUACGGUUGAUUUUAAGGGCACGGACUUUGAAUACACGCCGUUUGGGGCGGGCCGGAGGAUGUGCCCCGGCAUGGCGUUUGCGCAGGCAAGCAUGGAGCUCGUGCUUGCAGCGCUCCUGUACCAUUUCGACUGGAAGCUGCCUGGUGGGAUGCUGCCGAGUGAAUUGGACAUGGCGGAGGAGAUGGGCAUCACUGCCCGAAGGAAGCGCGACCUUUACCUGCAUCCAGUCGUUGUCAGUGUGCCACCACAUGUCUCAUAAACCAUAGCUGUUCUACUUGCUAUUUUACCGUAGCUAUAUGCUUUAUUG